AUGGCUAGUGUCGUCAAUCAACGAAAGUUCAAGUCUAAGCAAGAUCGACCUUGCGAUAAUUGCAGGAGACUCAAACAACAAUGUGUGGUGAUUCAAAGGGGAUCACCAUGUCGUCUUUGUCAACAACGAAAUCGAAUUUGUACAUUUGAUCAACCAGUUCCAAAACGUAGAAAUCAGAGAUCUACUUUGCACCCUACAAUCAGUAUCUCGCAAUCCAAUAAUACAGGAAUUGAGGGAUGGGAUACCUUAAAAGCUACUCCUUCCAUCCUUGCUCACGACGCAGCGAUAGGGGAAGCAAGUGUAUUUGACGUGUUACGCGAGGACAGAUCAGCCCACGUUGAAGUAGUACAAGAUCUAUCCGUCGAAGAUUUAGAUGAUGACGAAUUCGAUGCGCUGGAUGCUGCAGAUUGGGAGGAAUCACAUUUUCUUGGUUUAGGAGCUCUAUCAGAUUUUGGUUUAGGUGAUUUUAAAGCAGGUGUCGAUAUGGUGAAAAUUAAACAUAUGGUAUUUCGUCAAGUCUCACAAGAUCCAAAUCAUCCAGUAGUAUUUUCACGAAAUCCGUCACGUAUAUUUGGGAAUACUGGAGAUGGUAGAGAAUUAUUCGAUAGAAUGAAAUCAUUAUUAGGAGAAUGGAAUUAUACCCAAUUACUUGAAAUCUUCAUCGAAAGAUCACUUCCCGCUAUGCCUUUUAUGAACGCCGUUCGUCUGAGAGGAGCAUGCGAAAAUUGGCGAGGAGCAGGUUCAUUCCCUUAUGCUUUGCUUGCUGGGAUCAUUGCGGCGACUGUGGUUUAUGUUCCCCAGCUAUGGGAUAAGGGAACGGAACUAUGGAAAAUAGCGGUACAAGCUCUUGAUGAUGAGUAUAGAAGGCCAAUCAAUCUCAGAACAGUCCAACUGUCUUUAGUGCACCUGUCAAUGCGACCGAACUGGAACCAAAGCGCUUCGGCUAUUGAGCUGGCACGAGCCAUAGGUGCGGCCAAAUUACUGGGCUUACACCUUGAUAGCUCUAAGUGGCGUCUACCAAGAUGGGAAAGGACAGUAAGAAAGAGGGUUUGGUGGUCACUCAUUCUACAGGAUAAAUGGAGGGCUGCGUUAUUUGACCGACCAAGCAACCUUGCAGGAUUUCUACAUCAAGUACCGCCUCCUUCAUUACUGGAUGACGAUUGGGGCGGUUCAGAUCCAUCUAGUGGACCAUCGAUGUUAGCAUUUAUUCUCAUGUGCAAAUCGACUUCCAUCCUUGAUGAUCUACAAGAUUCUGGCUCGAACAAUGUAGUCUUCCUAGAAGCAUUGAGUCGUAGAACUGCAUCUUUACGGGACGAGCUUAAGACAGCGUUGAUAGAACCUGCACCAGGUGAAGGCUUAUCUCCAGGAGCACAAUCAACGCAUCUCUCUUUACUCGGUCUCGAUGUCAUGAUCAUGAAGAAGCUGUUCGACAAGCUUAAAAAUCUGUCGAUAACGAUAAGUCCCAGAGUGUAUAUCUCACUCUUAGCUGUGUGCGAAAGAUUGGUGAAGAUGUUGGAAGGAUUGACAGACUACGAUUUUGAUGAAUUCUGGCAACCGUUCUGUUACAUACAUAUAACGAACACGAAUGCUCUGCUUCUACAAAUUGCCGAAUUGCAUCGACAUCAACGACGCUCUCACGACAGUCCAUUCGACCGUUCCAUUGACCUAAUUCGACGAGCACUGAAAGCCGUAGUACGCGAUACCGAUACUUAUGGCUGGGACGAAUCAAGAGCAGUCCGUUGUAGAACGACUACUAUGAUCACAUCGAAAACGGAUCCCAUCUAUCUUGACCUCCUCUCUUCAUCAUUAUUACCACCUAAACCGGUAACGCAACCAGAAUUGGACUUGUCUCAAAUCUGGGAUCUCGAUUCUCUCAAAGACUUGGAAGGAACAGUCUUCGAAAGCUUUUUAGGCUGGCAAUAA